CCUCCCCGCCGUCCCCUCAGUAACUUGGCUGCCUUUUAUCGGGCGAGCGGCGAGGCGGAGAGUUUAUUGGUGCCGGAGCUGCGGCGCGGCCGGGGCGGGGAGCGAGCGCGGCACAGGGCGGGGGGCCCGUUCGGGCCGGCCCGGGACGAUGCUGCGGCUGGUGUCGCUGAAGUUGGGGCGGCUGUACCGCUACGUGAAGCUGGCGGUGCUGGGCAGCCUGGCGGCGGCGCUGGUGCUGAACACGCACUCGCUGCUGGCCUCGCUGCAGCGCAACGAGCUGUCGGAGCGGCGCUUCCUGCAGCUCAAUAAGUGCCCGGCCUGCUGGGGCACCAGCUGGUGCCGCAAGUUCCUCAACGGGCAGCUGCGGCUGGAGAGCUGGGGCCGGCUGCGCCUCUUCGACUUCUUCAAUGUCAAGAACGUCUACUUCGCGCGGUACGGGGAGCCCCGCGAGGGCAGUCGCCGCGUUGUCCUCAAGCGCCUGGGCUCCGCGCAGGAGCUCGCCGACAUCGACACCAAGAUCUGCCGCCGCGCCACCGGCAGGGGCCGCUGCGACCUCCUCCAGGCCCUGCACGCUACCGAGUUCGCCAGCCUCAACGGCGACGUGCGGCUCCUCACUCCCGACGCCGUGGAGGGGUGGUCGGACCUGGUGCACUGCCCCUCGCAGCGCCUGCUCGACCGCCUGGUGCGCCGCUACGCCGAGACCAAGGACUCGGGCAGCUUCCUGCUGCGCAACCUGAAGGACUCGGAGCGCAUGCAGCUCCUCAUUACCCUCGCCUUCAACCCCGAGCCGCUGGUCCUGCAGAGUUUUCCAUCUGAUGAGGGUUGGCCGUUCGCAAAGUACUUAGGAGCAUGUGGAAGAAUGGUGGCUGUCAAUUAUGUUGGAGAAGAACUGUGGAGUUACUUUAAUGCACCAUGGGAGAAACGAGUGGAUCUGGCCUGGCAAUUAAUGGAAAUAGCUGAGCAGCUAACAAAUAAUGACUUUGAAUUUGCACUCUACCUCCUUGAUGUCAGCUUUGACAACUUUGCAGUUGGACCAAGAGAUGGGAAAGUUAUCAUUGUAGAUGCAGAAAAUGUUCUGGUAGCAGACAAAAGGUUAAUCAGACAGAAUAAACCUGAAAACUGGGAUGUAUGGUAUGAAAGCAAAUUUGAUGACUGUGAUAAAGAAGCUUGUCUGUCCUUCUCAAAAGAGAUUCUUUGUGCUCGUGUCACUGUGGACCACAAUUAUUAUGCUAUUUGUCAGAACCUUUUAUCAAGACAUGCCAUGUGGCGUGGCACUUCUGGAGGACUACUUCAUGACCCGCCAGCUGAAAUUGCCAAAGAUGGCCGACUUGAGGCCUUGCUGGAUGAGUGUGCCAACCCAAAGAAGCGAUAUGGUAGAUUCCAAGCUGCAAAAGAACUGCGAGAAUACCUUGCACAAUUGAGUAACAAUGUGAGGUAGUCCACAGUGAAAUUUUUUUGCAACACUGGCUAAAACACUAUUGCAAAGACGCAUAGAAAAUGAAGGUUUGAACUUACGUAUUAAAAAGAGAACAUAAAAACCCCCUAGUUUAUCAGUUUUAUAAAUACCAUAAAAUAAUAAAUUUAUGGUGUUGUAAUGUUCCUUUGCAAACAGAAAAGGUACUUAGUGAAUUAAAACUUGAGCUACUAUUGACUCCCCUCCCUAACUAUUUAAAAGGGAGUAGGUCAUUAAAGACUGUGAUAGCUUAAUUGACAGCUUGUGUGUCAAAGGGUACUUUACAUAAAACUGCAUUAGUGUCACGGUUUUGUGAGCUGAUGUUCUUACUUGGAAAGUCAAGUUAGACUCAUGGCCUGUUUUAAAGGCCUUUUUCCUGACAUCAUUGUCUCAUUUUUGUGUUUGUUUAAACACCUUGAAGUGGCAUUUACAUCCAGGUAAAUAUAGCUGUCUGCAUUCGUUCAAAUUUAACAGGCUUUCAUGUUAAUGCUGUGCAGUACAUUCCUACUGUGAGUGCAGGAUUCCUAUGUUUACUGUCUAAUUUUAGGGGGGUUUACACUGUAUUUUACUAUGCUUAGACAUUGUGUAUUUUUUUUUUUAAGAUUGACAUAAACUCAAGUGUCAUUUGAACUACAUUCAUUUGAUGUCUUUUGUAGUCCAGCCAUUGGAAAUACCACUUAAUGUAAUUAUUGUACAAAACAUUUACCCUUCAUGACAGUAUAUACACCAUUGUUUAGCAGGAAAUCAUGGGAUGAGCAAACUCUUGCUUUUAACAGAGACAAUUUGAGAAUUGGAGAGAGCCUACAAUGAAAAGAUCUGCAUUAAUUUAAAAGUAAGAAUUAACUAGGCCAGUGUAGUUACGCAUAAACCAAAGAAAAUGGUUUUAUUAGUUUCUGAACACUAAAGGAAAUGCUAUAUCGUAGUGAAGCUAAUAAUUCUGAAGAUUCAAAUUUCAGUGAUCCUUGGUUAAUUCUUUGAGGGACUUCUGAAACUAUGUGCUAAUGCUGAAAGAAAACUUUAAUUUGAAUAAUAAUGUCUAGAAAGUUAGAAGUUGGUUUUGCAUUAUUCCCAAUUCUGUUGAAUUCAAGUGUAAUGGAGUUUACUGAAUAUUCAUCUUUUGGUUUACUGGCUAAAUUGAUUAAGCUGUAUUCACUCUAGACACCUUUUCUUGAACUCAGUUUGACUAUUCCUAGUGCAGUCAAAAUUGACUUGUUGAGGUUUGUGUAAGUACCGAGUUCUCAUAAAAUUACAGUUUUGAUAAAACCUCAGUGCUGCAAGAAC